GACAGGAGCGCAGAGAAGAGGAGGAAGAAGAGGACGAGGAAGCGCGAGCUCGGCUGCUCUCACACUCCGGGACACCGCGAAGGGGAGUGACCGCGCCACCCUGCGUGCGCGAGGACGAGGACGGUCGGGAUCGUCGCGAGCGCGGCCGCGCGAGGACUCCUCGGUCGGAGCGGAGCUCGGGGGAGUCACAGUCACUCGUGGGACUCGAACUCGGUCUCAACUUUCUCGCCGCGUCUCCGUCCCCCCCUCCGUGACCGUCUGUCCCUCCGCCCUCCGCACCUCCCCCCCCUCACUCACUGUCCGGUCGCCCCGCGCGCUCCCGCGUCCCACCUCCAAGUGGAUGGAUUCGCCGCUGCCCGCCGCCCUGCCCGGGACCCCCGUGUCGCCGCGCUCUCGCGCUCAGCUGCCCUCCUAGACAAGUUUCAAGUUUGUGUUGCGCGCGAACUUCUCCUGCCUGGAGCUCGUUCACGGUCCGGCUCGAGGUCCGAGCGGAGAGCCCGGCUGCUGGGACCCCCUCCGACCCCCCUGCCCUGCGUCGCCAGGACUGGGCCAGAAAGACGGGCGGCUGGCUGCGGGCGGAGGCCAUCCGGACUACUGCUGCUCCGCACCUACCUAACCGGCUCCGGUCAGCCCGUUUCUCAGAGAUUCGCCUGUUACCAUGGAGACCACCUCUAACGCAGCAACGGAGAAGAAAGAGUGCAAAGGAUCGGGCCUGGAUGGAAACGGAUUCCCUGAGCUGCCCAAGAAGCCCUCCCCCACGGCGGUGGCACGAGCCCCCCAUCACAUAUUCCCGACCUUCCACGCGCCCAUCCCGAUAGACGUGCGCCACCACGAAGGGAGGUAUCAUUACGAGCCCCACACCUUGCACGCUAUGCACGGACCUCCGGGGUUGUCGGGAAGCCCAGUCAUCUCGGACAUAUCCCUCAUCCGCCUGUCACCCCACGCUUCUGGGACAGGGGAGUCUCCUUUCAACCCGACACACCCCUAUGUCAGCCCCCACAUGGAGCACUACCUCCGUUCCGUCCACAGCAGUCCCACCCUCUCCAUGAUCUCUGCAGCAAGAGGCCUGAGCCCAGCUGAGCUGACACACGAGCACCUGAAGGAGCGCGGACUCUUCGGCUUGCCCCCGCCCCCACCGGGGGCCAACCCAACAGAGUACUACCACCUGAUGGCAAGUCACCGGAGUCCCUACGGGGACCUGCUUCUACAGACGGGAGCCGCCGCAGCCACCCACCUGCCGGACUACAUCAGCCCCGUGGAUGUGUCCCGCUUCCCCAGCCCCAGGCUGACCCCCAGACUGAGCCGCAAGCGCGCCCUCUCCAUCUCGCCCCUGUCGGACGCCAGCAUCGACCUGCAGACCAUGAUUCGCACCUCACCGAAUUCCCUGGUGGCCUACAUUAACAAUUCCCGCAGCAGCUCAGCGGCGAGCAGCUCGUACGGCCACCUCUCCGUCGGGGGCAUAAGCCCCUCCUUCCCAUUCCCGCAUCCCAUCAACCCUGUGGCCUACCAGCAACUCCUCUCCCAGCAGAGGGGUCUGAGUGCCUUCGGCCACACCCCGCCCCUCCUGCAGCCGUCACCCACCUUCUCUUCUCGACAGCAUGCCCUGGGCCUCUCCUGCCUCCCCACCGCCACCCACAACAGCAAUGAGUCCAGCAAGAACUCUGGCAGCGACUCGGCCGUAACCAGUACCGUCAACCCCAUGACGACCAAGAGGUCGAAGGUGAAGACGGAGGUCGAAGGUCCUCAGCCACCCUCCCCCUGCUCUCAGGACCAGCUAGGUGGCCUUCUGGACCUCAAGGAGGACCUGGACAAGGAUGAGUGCAGGCAGGAGCCAGAGACCGUGUACGAGACCAACUGCCGUUGGGAGGGAUGUACCAAGGAGUACGACACGCAGGAACAGCUGGUGCACCACAUCAACAACGAGCACAUCCAUGGGGAGAAGAAGGAGUUCGUGUGCCGCUGGGAGGAGUGCUCACGCGAGCAAAAGCCGUUCAAGGCCCAGUACAUGCUGGUGGUCCACAUGCGACGGCACACGGGCGAGAAGCCGCACAAGUGCACGUUCGAGGGCUGCUUGAAGGCCUACUCCCGACUGGAGAACCUCAAGACCCACUUGAGGUCCCACACGGGCGAGAAGCCCUACGUGUGUGAGCACGAAGGCUGCAACAAGGCGUUCUCCAACGCCUCCGACCGAGCCAAGCACCAGAACCGCACCCACUCCAACGAGAAACCGUACGUGUGCAAAAUCCCCGGCUGCACAAAACGUUAUACGGACCCCAGCUCCCUCCGCAAGCACGUGAAGACCGUCCAUGGGCCUGAAGCGCACGUCACCAAAAAGCAACGGAACGACUUGCCCCCACGGUCGCAGCCACCGAGAGAGAACGGGGAUAAUGAAGCGAGCGCAAAGCACGGUGGCCGGGGCCUCGAGGACAAGGUGGAUGUGAGCAGCGCCCCCAGAGGCGUGGAGGACUGUCUGCAGCUCAAAUCCAUAAAAACGGAGAACUCUGUGAUGUAUCACUCCAGCCCUGGCGGACAGUCGUCAUGCUGCAGCGAGCCAUCGCCAGCUGGCAGCAGCACCAACCACGACAGUGGGGUAGAGAUGGCCGCGCUCAGCGGCGGCAGUCCGGGGGACCUGAGCAUGCAGGACGAGCCUGCUCCCGUUGUGGACUCCACCAUCUCCCCGGGUGCCCAGGUAGUCGGCCUCCAGCUGCGCAAGGCCACCAGUGCAGCCCACAGGCUGGAAUACCUCAAGAAGGAGAAGCUAAAGAGCGUGAGGGACUCCUGCUCUUGGGCCAACCAGGCACCUCAAGUGCACAACACUAAGCUGCCUCCCAUAUCAGGUACUGGUUCCUUAAUGGAGAGUUCGAGCGUCGGUCCGACCGCAGUGUUCCCUAAUCCACGCUUCAGCGAGCUGUCCUCUGGGGAGAUGACCAUGCUGCACCACCUUAUUGAGCGCAGGGACAGCACCACCAGCACUGUCAGUUCUGCCUACAACCUUAGCCGCCGGUCCUCGGGCAUCUCACCCUGCUACUCGAGCCGCCGCUCCAGCGAGGCUUCGCAGUUCGGCAGCCGCCACAACAACGUUAGCUCGGCGGACUCGUACGACCCCAUCUCCGCAGACCUGUCGCGUCGCUCCAGUGAGGCCAGCCAGUGCGGAGGACUCCCUAGCUUGCUCAGCCUCACCCCGGCUCAGCACUACCGCCUCAAGGCCAAGUAUGCCGCUGCCACCGGGGGCGCCCCGCCAACACCGUUGCCUAAUAUGGACCGCAUGGGCCUCAAGACCCGGAUGGCUCUCUACGUGGACUCCCAGGAGUCCUCUCCUCAUCCGCUUCACCCUCCUGGAGUACCCCGACGCUGCAGCGAUUCCGGCUUCGUCGGCUCUAGCAUGAUGCCCCACGAAGUCCCCGGAAGUCUUCCGCGGCGGGCCAGCGACCCUGUGCGACGGCCAGCGCUCGAUCCGCUGUCCCUCCCGAUGAUGCAGCGCUACAGCAGCAUAAGCAACGUGAACCAGGCAGCACCACCGACAAGUCUGGAGCGCCGUCACCACGUACCGCACGGAUACACGCGCUCUGAUGGCAACCUCCACCGCCAUGCCUUCGCAACCCGGCCGCCCAGUAUCUCGGAGAACGUAACGAUGGAGACCAUGGCUGGGGACGGAGGUGAACAGAGCACCGAGGAUGAUCUGAUGCUGCCGGACGAUGUGGUUCAGUAUCUCCGGUCCCAGGCCGGCGCUCCCGCAAGCGACAGCAGUUUGUCAGGGUAUGCUAACCAAUUACAGGACUUUCAGCAACAGCCGCAACAGCAGCAGCAGCAGCAGCAACAACAACAACAACAACAACAUUUCUACAGCCAGCGGCGCAUGGCUAUCGUGGAUAGCAACGUGAACAUGAACCUGCCAGGGCAAAUGCUGCCCCCGUGCCAGUUGAACCCUGGCUCCCAGAAGCAGGUCUCUGUCUCAGCUGAGGUCAGCAAGAACAACAUGCCAGUGCAGUGGAACGAGGUCAGCUCCGGAAGUGUGGACACAACACCUGGCCAAGUCAAGCAGCAGCAAUUUGUUCGAGGAAACCUGGCCGUGGUCCAGCAGAAACAAAACUUUGGCCCUUACCAGAAUCUCAGCCCAAGCCAACAGAUUGUGCAGACAGGUCAGAGCCUCGCACAGGCAAUGCAGCAGAACUAUAUGCAGCGGAACUCAGGCUUAAACCCCCAGAGGAUGAAUUGCCUUCAGAGGCAGCAGUCCGUGAACUUCCAUCAUAACUUAAAUGAUCAGGCCAUGAUGACACAAGAGUAUAAGCAGGACCUCAAUUCUAACACUGUGACUGGAAAUGCCAGCCAGAAGCAACCAGGGAUACUGGGUGUGAACAGCAGCGAGCAGAUGAUGCAGAAUCAGGCUAUGCAAGCUUACAGGCGGACUCAACCGGGGACUGGGCUGAGCCACAUGACUCUUGGUGGCAACCACGAGAACUACCCCCAAGUCAACAGCAGCCACACAGCCAGUACUGGGCCAUCGCAGCAGACCGUCCAAAACGGAACCCAAGGGUUGCCGCACCCGCAACCACCCGCCGAACCCAAGCCGUUCAGAAGGCAGCACCUGGGGCUGAGUAAAGAGCAGCAGUCUGGGGUCUCGGCAUCCGUGUUCAACGCUGGGUACGACACCUCAGAGGCCAGCCCCAAAAGGUCGAGCUCUGACUGUAACCAACACAACAACGCCAUCUUCUACACAGGGCAGGUCCACAUGUUUGAUUCCGGCGGAACCCUCAACAUGCAAGUGUCCCCUGGCGGCGGCCAUCCCGUGACAGGUGCACAGCUGCAGCCCAACAACAACAAUGCGACCGUCGCCAUGGCAUCCCCUGGAGUCAACCAGGUCUCCAGCACAGUUGAUUCCUCUCAGGGUGUGGAGCACGCUCCAAUUGACUUUGACUCCAUGCUGGACGACGGCGACCACUCCAGCCUCAUGUCAGGCACCCUCAGUCCUGCCCUCCUCCAGAGCUUGUCGCAGAAUUCCUCGCGACUCACCACCCCCCGCAACUCGGUGACGCUGCCCUCCGUGCCGCCAGGUGUGAGCAACAUGGCCAUCGGGGACAUGAGCUCAAUGUUGACCGCGCUGGCCGAAGAGAGCAGGUUUCUCAAUAUGAUGUCUUAAAAUCAGAUAGCCGGGCUUACGUUGGACAGCACCGAGGCUGUCUUGUGAACGAGGGUUGCCAAAAACCUGUAUCUAAUUGUUUACCUAGCGGUGUUAUAUGGAGAACUUCUAGAAUCGUAUCUUUUUCGGAAAGACGAAGCGUUGCCCUCGACGGAAGUUAAUGGCAACGUGUCGGUUUAAAGGUUACUUGUAAUGCUUGCUUAAUUUGUGUUGCUGUCAAGAAAUUAAGAUUGUAUUUUUGUGUGUGAGUAAAAAGCCAUACUUUGCAAGUUAGAGUGAAGUGUAGUCCGGGGUAUAGCCGAGCAGCCGAUUAUCAACUUUUGCGUUUGUCUUUAUUAAGGGCAGUGUACCGAAACCACACUUUACUAAGUGCCUUGCUGUACUGAGAUAAUAGUAUGAGCAUAUGAACACUUACGACUAAAGAUCUACGAUGCACAGAAAGGCAUGCAGGUAUAAAUAUCUAGAAACUCACUUUUUAACAUCAUGUUAAACAUAGAGUAAUACACUGUAAAUACUGUAAAUUGCGUCAUUGGCCCUGUGGCAACAAUCCAACAUUUUUAUACUUUGUUUCUGUAGUACACAUGACUUUACUUUGCUUUCAGGAACGCUUGAGAAAGACUUUUUUUUUUUUUUUCUUAAAUCUUCCAGACCUGCCUCCUUCAGCUUUGUGUCAGUGUUGCUAUCGUUACCCUAUCGGAGACAUCGUGCUUCUGGGGUUAUCGCAGGAAGUUAUGAACUCGGAAAGAAGGAGGACUUUUCUCCGCGUCGGUCCCUGGGCCACGGGAAUAAUGACUGGAAAUAUUGUACCCCUCGCAGAUAUUUUUCAGAGGAAUAUGCAAAUACUCGAUAUGUAUUUUGUGGGAGAUUUAAAAACAAGUUACUUGAGCGAGCCAUGAACUGCGAAGAAGACGGAAAGAACUGCGUGCCGCAAUAAAGUCGCACUGCAUAAGUAUUUCAAGGACAGCCUGGUAAUCAUGUGGAUCCUGAUUCAUUGUGUUUGGAAUUUACGUUCACUGAAAUCUUUUGUAAACUACCACUGCACUGUUGAUG